AGAAAGCGGGCAAGCCUGGAGCGCGCGGGGCCAGGGCUCGGCGAGCCGGAGGAGCGUUGCUAAUGUUUUUGUUUGUUUGCUUUUCUAUGCAUGCAUAAUGAGGGGGCGCCGCGGCACCACACGGGGGCUCCCGGCCCACUUUUGUAUUUAAAGCCUCGCCGCGAGCGAGUCCGCAGCCGGGCUCCGCGGAUCCGCUCCCCAGGCUCCGGUCUCCGAGCAGAGCCGCACGCUCCGAGUUUCGGGGUCCUCCCUGCGCCUGGCGCCCAGAACUUCCCGGAGCGCGGCCCAGGCCGGGGUAGAGGGGGAGGGGACCAAGCGUCCUGGCCGCGGGAAGGCGGGAUGCCAGAGCUGCGAAGUGCUACGCGCCGCUGAGCCGGGAACCGAGGAGCCGCCGGCCGCACGACUGUCUGCAGGCGCCUAGCACCAUGCACCCCCGGCGCCGCGCGCUCCUGCAGUCUCGCCGCGUCCCCCCGGGACGGCACUGAGCGCCUCCAGCCGCCGACCGGAGCCGGACCUGUGUCGCCGCAUCUCUCAGGGAGCCCCGGCCGCGGUGCCGGAGCGAACACCCGCCUCUACCAGCCGCGGGGCCGCCGGCAUGGAUGGAUGAGGACGCCCAUGCCAGAAGUGCACGGAACUCGGACAAACUUUUCCAGCGGCCCCGCGGCCACCACCCGAGCCUCGUCUCCGCUCCGCACCGCGCCCGGCGGCCGUUGCUGCCCGCGAUGCUAGCCGCGCUGCUGGGCGGCGGAGGGGCCCGCACGGGGACCUUGCCGGGCGCCUUGCUGUGCCUGAUGGCGCUGCUGCAGCUGCUGGGCUCGGCGCCGCGGGGCUCGGGACUGGCGCACGGCCGCCGCCUCAUCUGCUGGCAGGCGCUGCUCCAGUGUCAGGGCGAGCCCGACUGCAGCUACGCCUACAGCCAGUACGCCGAGGCGUGUGCGCCGGUGCUAGCGCAGCGCGGCGGGGCUGAUACUCCGGGGCCCGCCGGCGCCUUCCCCGCCUCGGCCGCGUCCUUCUCGCCGCGCUGGCGCUGCCCGAGCCACUGUAUCUCGGCGCUCAUCCAGCUCAACCACACGCGCCGCGGGCCCGCGCUGGAGGACUGCGACUGCGCGCAGGACGAACGCUGCAGGUCCACCAAGCGCGCCAUCGAGCCCUGUCUGCCGCGUACCAGCAGCGUGAGCCCGGGCGCGGGAGCGGGCUCGGUCAUGGGCUGCACCGAGGCCCGGCGGCGCUGCGACCGGGACAGCCGCUGCAACCUGGCGCUCAGCCGCUACCUGGCCUACUGCGGCAAGCUUUUCAACGGGCUGCGCUGCACCGACGAGUGCCGCGCGGUCAUCGAGGACAUGCUGGCCGUGCCCAAGGCGGCGCUGCUCAACGACUGCGUGUGCGAUGGGCUGGAGCGGCCCAUCUGCGAGUCGGUCAAGGAGAACAUGGCCCGCCUGUGCUUCGGCCCGGAUGCGAGCAACGGUCCGGGCAGCAGCGGCUCGGACGGGGGCCUAGACGACUACUACGACGAAGAAUAUGACGACGAGCUGCGCGCUGGGGCCGCGGGCGGCGAGCAGCCUCUGGACGAUGAUGACGGCCUUGCGCGCCCGGGCGGCGGCGCUGCUGCGGCGGGCGGCCGCGGGGACUUGCCUCACGGGCCCGGGCGCAGGAGCAGCAGCAGCGGCAGUGGAGGCCACUGGGCGACCCGAAGCGCCUGGACCCCGUUUGCCUGUUUGCUGCUGCUGCUGCUCCUGCUGCUCGGGUCACACUUGUAGCCCCUGCGCCCCUGCUGCAGGCUGCUCCAGGCCGGUAUGCACGAUCCGGCUGCUUCCCGAGCAGGGCACCUGUGGCUCGGAGACCGGAGACUGACCCAUACUCUCCCCGUGUGGACAGGGCCCAGCCUGUACCGCAGCCACCACGCUCGGCCCUCUUCUGUGCGGUUUUUCCAGGCUGCAGAGAUAACCGGCUGAUUUAUACUGCCGGCUCUAAUCUGCAGAAUUCAGGACACCCUGCCAAAAGCAAUGGAGGCCUGGACUCAGAGUGCUGAACGGUGGGGUCUUUACAGUUCCAAUGAACUUGGGGAAGGGAUGUUGUGCUAAUUAGGUUUGCAAAGGGGCCGGGUUUUUUGUUAGUCUGUUUGUUCUGUUUUCUUUUUAAACCGUUUUCCUGUGAGGGGACACAUAAUACUGGUAACGACUUUAAUUGCUUGUGACCACUGAGAAACACAGCAAUCGUAAGUAAAUAGAAAAGUUCCCCUUACUGAUUCAUUUCUGUACUCUUGGUAUAGCCCUCGGUAACAGUGAGUGUGGAACCAGCAAUUGCCUUGUUGGGGAUCCCCGAAAUUACGACUGCAUUAUAAUCUUAACCCCUCACCUUUAAUUUUCCUGCCACCAUUCUGAUCCCUCUGCACCACGUGUCUUAGAAUUAAGGAUCCAAAAAACGCUAGUCUAAAGAGUUACCAUGGUGUUGAACAAUACACGUUUUUAUCCUAAAGCUCGGUACUGCCAUCUAGGAAAACCUCUAUGAUAUUUGUUUUGUUGUCCUUUUUUUUUUCCUCCACCAAGAAAUUCUAAGUUUGAAUAUGCAGAGAUUGAGUAUUGCCUCUGCCCCUAUCGGGGUCUUCCACCCUGGUACGUCGUAUAUAAACUGUAUUAAAACUGGGGUUUCUUACCAGUUGCUGUACUUUGUAUAUAGAAUUUUUAUAAAUUGUAUGCUUCAGAAAAUAAUUUAUUUUUAAAAAGAAAUUAAAAGUUUUAAAUCCGCAUCGUUGUUGUAUCGCCCCCCCCCCCCAUCCAAGAAAUGUAUAGAAUACAUUGCUCGCCCGGAGCCCCCUCCCGCAGCCCAUUUUGAAGUGGGCCCUGUGUAGGAGAACAGUCUUUAAAUGUACAGUGUAUUUUACAGAUUUGAAGUAACGUUCUUAUUUUCAAGAGAAUUUAUGGACAUUGUAGAAAUGUAUAAAUGCAUUUCCAAACUGCCUUAAACAUUGUAUUUUUAUAGACAUCAUUUUUUUUUUAAAAUCCGUGUUUAAAAAAAAACUAUGACUCUGUGUAUUUUUGGUUGUUUUAUUAAAAAAGCACACAUCAGUAAAGAGUUUAAACAGUG